AUGAGGAAGCUGAGUGUGAUAAACGAGACCGUGAAUAGAGUGUUGCAUUUAGGGAAGGCGAACAGAAGAAAUAUAUCCUCGUUGGUAAUAAGCUAUUUACCAUCUUCCUUAACAAACAAGCGCAGCGUGUGUUAUGUGGGGAGCAGAAGGAACCUCGGAGAAAGUCCUUUCCCCUAUGAUGGAGGGAACAAAAGGGAUUUUUCAAACAAAUCAAGUGUCAUGCUAAUGUUGGCCCUGUUUUGCGCACCAAGUUUGUUAUACACGAAAAGGAAUUAUAUGAACGGAAAUAAUAUGACCAGUUGCGAAGGAUUGGAAAAGGUACACUUGGCAAAAAAAGACGAAAUGAAAAAUGGAGAAAUGAAAGAAAUAAAAAUUCGUGGAGACAAGGAUACCGUUUUAUUAGUACACGUGAAUGACAAAUAUUAUUGUUUGGGUCCAAAGUGUCCACACUAUAGUGCGCCAUUGAAGACAGGAGUGUUGACAAAGGAUUAUGUGACUUGCCCAUGGCACGAUGCAAAGUUCGAUUUGAAAACAGGAGAGUGUAUCAACGGUCCUUCCUUUGAUGAUAUCCCCAGGUAUGAGGUAGCUGUGGAGGGAAAUGAUAUUUAUGCUUACCUACCAGAAAAAAUGGAAUUAUUUCAGAAAAAAAAAAUAUGUCCAUGUUCAGGUAAAUGUGAAAAUAAAACGAUGUUGAUCAUUGGGGGAGGAGCAGCAACUUUGGGAGCUGUGGAAACUUUUUUAAAAAUGGGUUAUACAGGAAAGUUAGUUAUAUGUAGUAAGGACUCUUACAAGCCAUAUGACCGCCCUACAUUGUCUAAAAGCAUUUCCAAGUAUGACUCUGCGGAGGAGCUGUAUGCGGCGAUUAAAUUGAAAGAGGAUGAGUAUUACCAGAGGGGAAAUAUUAGCUACCUGAACGAUGUGUCUGUGGAGAAGGUCGAUGUGGAGGGAAGGAAGGCGCACUUGAGUAAUGGGGAGGUGAUUCAGUACGACAAGCUGUUGGUGACUACAGGAGUUCGUCCCUGUCCUUCUCCCCUGGGUGGAAACGUGGAGGUAGACAACCUGAUGACGCUACAGAGUUUAAAGGACCACAUGAAAAUAGCUUCGUAUGCAAAGGAGGGAAGCAAGUGUGCCAUCAUCGGUUCGUCUUUCAUAGGUUGUGAACUGUCCUCUGCUCUGAAAAAAAAAAACGUAAGCAUAACCAUGGUUUCUAAGGAUACCGUCCCGUUUUAUAACACCUUUGGGGAUAAAAUCGGAUCAGUGGUGUUAGACAUUUUACAGGAUCAACAGAUUACUUUUCAUGGGGGGGUUCACCCAACAGAAUAUAUAAUUGACACAGGGGGUGGAGGUUUUUUUAAGAGAACGAAGUGUAUUCAUGGGAUCAGGUUGAGUAAUGGAGAUGUGAUUAAAUGUGAUUAUGUGGUGGAGGCUUUGGGUUGUUUGCCCAACGCGGAGUUCCUCCACGACAAAUUUAAAAAUGAAAAGAAGCAAGUGGUUGUAGAUAAGCACUUUCAAGUGAAGGGUGCGUCAGACAUUUUUGCGGCGGGGGAUGUGUGCGCCUUUCCUUACUUUGUCACUGGGGAGAUGAUCAAUGUAUGUCACUGGAACGUGGCUAUUCAACAGGGACGCAUCGCUGCACAUAACAUGUUGAGUGGUGAUAAGAAGGAGUUUAAUUUUAUUCCUUUUUUUAAUACAAAUAUAUUUGGUAAAAAUUUUCGUUACUCUGGUUAUGUGAGGGAACCUCAGAAGGUUAUAUAUGAGGGAGAUUUGCGGAAGCAGAACUUUGUGGCUUAUUUUGUUAAGAAGGACAAAGUGGCUUCCAUUUUGACCCUGGGAAAUGCAAAAAUGGCUGCCUUGAAUGAGUGCCUCUCGAAGGACAAGGUACCCAAGGUGUAUGAGUUGGAGGGGGGUCUGCAGAACAGCGACAGCAUGAUCGCCGCCAUGCGGGGAAGCGCUUGA